AUGAGCUUUGUUGGCCCUCAAUUGCUCAUUAAAAUUGAUAAACGAUUGCGAGAGGCUUUCCCCAGCAAACAACAUGAAUCAUUUGCAGGUGUCUUAGUCAUUUUGGUUGGUGAUCUUGCACAGCUUCCACCCGUUAUGGAUAGGCCAUUAUAUGCAUCGCACUCAAUGGCACUAGCUCUAUGGCAGACAUUCAAUACUGUUGUCACCUUGGAUGUUCCAUUUCGUCAACAAGGCACGAAAGUUGGCCUGGUAAAUGGUGCUUUGGGCCAGAUUAAACAAAUUGUCUACGAUCCAGGUUCAAAACCACCUGAUUUGCCAAAAUAUGUUGUUGUUCUUUUCAAACAUUAUAUUGGACCUUCAUGGGAUCCACAGAAUGCAAAACAUGUGCCAAUUGCACCAAUUACUAGAGGAAACCAAACACAAAUUCCACUGGCAAUGGCAUGGGGAAUUACAAUUCACAAAUCACAGGGGUUGACCUUAGACUUUGCCACAAUUGACAUCGAGAAAAUAGAAAAAUAA